AUGAAAAAGGGAAGCUUACCAAGUAAAGUAGACAAAUCUACCCCGAAAAGAUGCCAGAAACCGUCAUCUGUCAACAGAAACACCACAGCUCUUGAAAGAGCCAAUCUCUUUGAGUCUGACUAUCCUUUCUUUGCUGUUAUAAUGAAAAGGUCAUAUGCAACUAGUCUGAGAAAUUUUCAUGUACCAUCCUGGUUUGCAAGAACAUACAUUAUUAAGAAACAAUGUGAAGCUAGCCUUUGGGUUUCAAAUGGUGAAUCUUGGUCUGUCCAUUACAGAGUCGUAGGUGGAUCAAACGCAGCCGAAUUCAGUGAAGGAUGGAAAGCAUUUGCACUGGAAAAUAGUUUGGAAGUGAGAAAGAAGUGUUCUUAA